AUCGACUUCCGAGCACCUGGAUGGAUUUUUGUUGUUGUCAUUUUGUUGGCACUUGAUUUGAUUUGCUAUGUUCAUCUACGCUAUGAUUUAGCAGUUGAUGUCCACAAAGUAAAAAAAAACCUUGCGAUGGCGCGCAAUGUGCUAGAGAGCAGCCUGUUGGGCGCUGGUUUCAGUAUCAUCUUUCAGAUAUUGUGCCGCAUCCUAACAUUCGGCAUCAAUGCGUACAUUGUCCGCAAUGUAGGUCGCGAAGUGCUUGGCAUUAUGAAUGUUCGCCUGCUGCUGCUCGAGAGCACGCUGCUCUUCUUGUCGCGCGAGGCAAUCAACCGGGCAGCGCUGAGCGCCAAUUCGCAGCAGCGCGACAAGUGCUCUUGGGCGCAGUUGAUCAAUCAGAUGUGGCUUACGGUGCCCAUUUGCGCCGCUCUGUGCGCUCCGUGUUUGUACAUCUGGCUUCACUGGCUAUCAGCUGUGGAUGCACCAUAUAGCGCACAAUAUGAGUUUGCCUGCUAUGCGGUGGCGCUGUCCUGUGUCCUGGAGCUAGUGGCCGAGUCGGCGGUAUUCGUAGCGCAAGUCUUUUGCUUUGUCAAGCUCAAAAUUAUGCUUAACACGCUACACAUUCUUGUGAGGUCGGCCAUCUUUCUGUGGAUAGUCAUUGGCGAUCGCAGUGUGGCUAUUAACGCCUUUGCCUUCGCUCAACUGGCCAGCGCUGUAACCAUUGUUUUGGGUCAAUACGGGUUCUUUCUCUACUACAUUAAGCGCUUUAAUCGCUACAAACUGCGCCAGCAGCAGCCAGUGAGCAAGACUAAGGCAAUACCGGAAGCGAGCUCUUGGGAGCGCUCUAUGUUCGCGCACAUGGAUGAUUUUCCGAUUACAAAGCUAUCGGAAUUGCUGCCGGGUGUUUUGAGCUGCUCCAGCGAUGGCGCGUAUUUCAACAAAGAGCUGCAAACGCUGACAUUGAGCUUCGUUAAGCAAGGAGUGCUGAAGCAGAUACUCACGGAGGGAGAGAAAUAUGUGAUGUCUGUGUCGCCGGUGCUCAGCUUUGGCGAGCAAGCCACCUAUGACGUAGUCAACAAUUUGGGAAGCAUGGCGGCACGAUUCAUAUUCCGGCCGAUCGAGGACAGCGCCUAUUUCUACUUCACGCAGACCAUUGCACGCGAUACACGCCUGACCAAGCAACUGCCGGAGCGGGUGCGUCAGGCCAGUAGCGUGCUUAACAAUCUGCUGCUGGGCGUCAGCUCCAUUGGCCUGCUGGCGUUCACCUUUGGCCAGAGCUAUUCACACACUCUGCUGCUGUUGUAUGGCGGCGAGGAUUUCGUUGCCGGCGGUCUGCCGCAGCUUUUGCUGCAGUGGCACUGCCUGGCCAUCUAUCUGCUAUCCGUGAAUGGUAUCAGCGAAGGCUACAUGUUUGCGACGAACACCAGCCGCGACAUUGACAAGUACAACUACCUGAUGGCCAUAUUCUCAAUAAGUUUCCUUGUCUUGUCGUACAUUCUGACGGGCACUUUUGGACCCGUCGGCUUCAUCUUUGCCAACUGCAUUAAUAUGAUGGGUCGCAUUUUGUAUAGCACUUGGUACAUCCACCGCCAGUAUCAGCCGCUCGGGCUGAAUCCACUCCAAGGACUUUGGCCCGGCAAGCUAUUUGGUGGCACCAUACUAAUUGCCGGCCUGAUCUGCUACUGGUAUCGAAAUGCGGUGUUUGGGACGCAUAUUGGCGUUGGUCUGGCCACUGGCAUUCUAUGUUUGUUUGCCUGGGCUCUGGCUCAUCGAGAUCUGAUGUAUUUGGUCUGGAAGUAUGGACGUCGCUUCAAAAUCGAUUGAAGCUGAAAACUUUGUGUUUGUUUUCCAACUCUGGAGGGCAGUAUCUACGCUCUGUGUGCCCCUAAAUCGCACAUCAAGUUGAACAUACAGUCUAUAUAUAUCUAGUUGAAAAUAAAUUAAUUGUUAGUUAAGUUAUUGUACAUUUGUAAUUAUUGACUUGCUUUAUUUUUAAUGCUUUUCGCUAUAAAUUUGUUAAAUACGCAUAAAAAGACAACGAAUAACAAAGUAAUCCAAAAUAA